UUGUAAACGGAAAUCAGCUAGCUAUUUAAGACUCAGUCGGACCUGAAAACCCACAUAUUCAAGCUGUACACGAAUAGUUUUCACUUGUAGGUUAUAGGUAGGCUUCUAAUUUGCUUUUGCAUUAAAUGCAUGGUUUUGUAGCUGUCCCCCGCUUUUCUGUUUCUGCUUUGAAACCGAACAGCUAACAUGGAUAUUAAGGAGGAGACUAUAGCCAUUUUAAAACAGUUUGACAUUGGAAACAAAUUGUCUUAUCUACCGGUCCUGCCCAAAGCCUCGGUGCUGAUCCCGCUGUUUGUGAAGAAUGGAGAGCUGUACACCUUGAUGACCCUGCGUUCAAAGGAGUUGAAGACCAGUGCUGGUGAAGUGUGUUUUCCCGGUGGGAAGAGAGACCCCAGUGACAGAGAUGAUGUGGACACAGCUCUGAGGGAGGCAGAGGAGGAGAUAGGUCUAUCUCCUGAAGGUGUUCAGGUGGUCUGUAGACUGUUCCCUAUCAUUAAUAAGAGUGGUCUGUUGGUGACCCCGGUGGUUGGAUUCAUAGAGGAAUCAUUUUAUCCCUGCCCGAACCCAGCCGAGGUCAGUGCCGUGUUCACAGUCCCUCUGGACUUCUUCACCAGCAAGAAGGAACAUUGUGCUGCCCAUGGUGCUGCUGGGAUGGUUGGGCCAUUGCACUCAUUUCAUUUUGUGGACCCUGAUUCAGGAAGCCAGUAUCAUAUAUGGGGCCUGACUGCCAUGUUGGCCAUACUGGUGGCUGCACUUGCUCUCAGAAAACAACCCGAGUUUGAUGUUGGUUUUGACUCUGAGGAUCCAUUAUCCUUCUUCCAACAGAUUCUACAUAGAAGAAUUAGUAAACUAUGAACACGUCCUUUCCCAAUGUGGAAGUGGCUAUUCGAAGAGUCAGACUGAGCAUCCUGGAUUGCUCAAAAUGAAACGACUGGACGUGAAAAACAUGAAAUUACACCACAAUCCAAGACAAAACAAUCUGACAAAUGUACAGUGACACAAAUGACAGUUGGUGCCACCCCACCCAUCCCCUCUGCCUCAAAAUAUAUGUUCUCAUAAACUGUAAUUGGUCCGAUGUUUGAUGUAGAGCAAGCUCUAUGUCCACACCAUGAGGUAAAAUUUACAUUCAUGAAACUGAAGUCACAGGUUGGCUUUCUGUGUUGGUAUGGCUUUAAGAGGCAUUACUGUUCCGCACUUCCUCCGCAACAUCAUGUGCUCUUAAACUCCCCUACCCAAGAGGAAUGGAAUGCUUGGAAACAUCACUACUGUGUUCUAACCUGAUCUACACUUAACGGAUGAAUCAAAGUGCCAUUUGAGAUGCAUGACAUUUAAAAAAAAAAAAAAGUU